AUGAUUCCAACACCCGAUCUCUCCCAUUUGACUCAACACGAUUUCGACAAAGUAUAUGAACCAGCAGAGGACACAUUUUUACUACUCGACGCGUUGGAAGACGAUCAGCCAUCGCUGCGAUCACUGCGUCCCCGUGUUUGCUUAGAGAUUGGUUCUGGCUCGGGAUGUGUAUCCGCCUUCUUGGCCAAGAUUAUUGGUGUAGAUAAUGCAGUGUUCUUUACCACGGAUAUCAAUCCUCAUGCGUGUGACACGACAAAGCAAACGGGCAUCAAAAAUGGCGUGGAUCGCAUUGAGCCAAUACAGACAUCUUUGGUGAAUGGAUUUUUACCACGAUUGGAAGGACUUGUGGAUGUGCUUUGUUUCAAUCCGCCGUAUGUGGUGACGACACCUGAGGAAGUUGGUAGCCAUGGGAUUGAAGCAUCUUGGGCUGGUGGCAUUGAUGGUCGACAAGUCAUUGAUGAGUUUUUACCUUUUGUGCCACGAUUAUUAUCUCCUGAUGGCGUAUUCUAUUUGCUACUCAUUAAUGAGAACAGACCUAAUCAAGUGGCCGAGAUCUUGCGCGGAGAACAUGGAAUGCAUGCCGACAUCAUUAUGGAACGAAGAGCGGGAAGGGAACGACAAUAUAUCCUAAAGAUCACACAUCCAUCACGGUAG